CGUGGUUUAACGUUACUGAAAUGAGAGCCGAAGAAGAAGAGGAGCGAACAAGGUGAUUCGUCGGCUCACUGUGUGUUCAUACCAGGUUUGCAUUCUGACCCGCAAGCCAAUGUAAGUCGUGUUGAGUGACUGCGUGUGAAAGGGACCAUCACCAUCCUCAUGUCCUAUGGAGGAGGCUUUAACGGACGCACUGAGCGUGUCCGCCAGGCGCCACACUAUGACCAGGUCCCUCAGGGCUCCUUACGCCGAGCAGACUCCUACGACCUAGAGCCUCUGAGCGAGCAGAGAGCGGCUCCCCUCGCGCUCAGCGCUGACCCCCUGCCUCCCCCGCCUCUGCCCGACCAGCCUCCUGUGGGCCUGGAGUUCGACCUCAGCGGCAGAGAGUUCGAUGCGGAGGCCGACCCUGACCCCGCCCUCGACAUUAAACCCGUGCACCGCUUCAUCCCGGACUCCUGGAAGGACUUCUUUAGAGGGAGUAACCGCAGCAGCAACAAGCCCUGGCCCAUGUCGGACUCCUCGUGCAACAACAACAACAGUACCAGCGACGGGGUCCGCUGCUCUCCCCCGCACUCCCCCUCGGUUCCUGGGUCGUUCCGGGAUCCAUAUGGAGGCUCAGGCGGCAGCUACAACUCAGGCAAAGAGCUUCUGGAGCUACGGGAGUCCGUAUCCGGACGCACUCAUCACACCGGUCUGACCUACAGCGAGCGGGUGGAGGAGUACCAUCUGCGCUACGCCUACAUGAAGUCGUGGGCGGGGCUGCUGAGGAUUCUGGGCUGCGUGGAGCUCCUGCUGGGAGCCGCCGUGUUCGCCUGCGUCUGCGCCUACAUCCACAAAGACAACGAGUGGUUCAACAUGUUCGGGUACUCGUCUCCCGGAGGGGCGUACGGAGGAGGGCUUUACGGUUCAGGAACAGGAGGGUCGUACUACUCGGGCCCGAAGACCCCGUUUGUGUUGGUGGUGGCGGGGCUGGCCUGGCUGGUGACCGUGAUCGUGUUGGUGCUCGGGAUGACCAUGUACUACCGCACCAUCCUGCUCGACUCCAACUGGUGGCCGCUGACGGAGUUUAUCAUCAACCUGGCGCUGGCUGUGCUCUACAUGGCAGCAGGCAUUGUUUACGUCCGUGACACAACCCGUGGAGGGCUCUGCUCCUACCCGGUCUUCAACAACGGCAUCAACGGGGCGUUCUGCAGAACAGAGGCCGGCCAGACCGCAGCCAUCAUCUUCCUGUUUGUCACACUGGUCGUGUAUCUGAUCGGAGCCGCCGUGUGUCUGAAGCUGUGGAGGCAUGAAGCUAAUCGCAGAUACCGGGAGAAGUACGGCCCGGAGAUGGAUCCCUCUGAGAGGAGAGCUGCACGAUCAUUGCAGAUGAUUCCAGUUUCAGGUCCUGCACUCAGAGCUCCUGAGCAGGUCCAGGGCUCCUCAGUGGUUCCAAUCCAGGCUGCUCCCAGAGCAGUCCCACCAAAAGUUCUGCAGGGAGCGAUACCAUCGGGACACAUCCCAAAACCUGUGAUACUGCCCGACUACAUCAGUAAGUAUCCGUCGAUCCGGUCUGUAGAGGAGCGGGAUCAGUACCGAGCCGUGUUCAACGACCAGUACGCAGAGUACAAGGAGAUCCACGCAGACGUGCAGGUGACGCUCAAGAAGUUUGACGAGAUGGACGCCAUGAUGCGCAGUCUGCCGCAGAACCCCUCCAGCCAGAUGGAGGUUGAUCGCAUUAACAGAAUCCUUCAGGAAUACCAGAGGAAGAAGAAUGACCCGACUUUCCUGGAGAAGAAGGAGCGCUGCGAGUACCUAAAGAACAAACUGUCGCACAUCAAACAGAAGAUCCAAGAGUACGAUAAAGUCAUGGAGUGGGAAGACGGAUACAGCUGAGCUUCAAAACCUCUGUAGGAGUCAGAACGCUGGAAAAACCACAGACCACAAAUAACAGAACUCACGUAGACGGCUGACGACUUGUGGUGGUGAAAAUGACAUUUUAACUGGAGAGGGAAACUCGUGCAGAACCACAAGAGCAUGACUGGGAUUGUUUUUUAAACCGCUCUUUCUCUUGAAUCUGUCUGAGAGCAAACGUCUGUCAGCACUUUUUGUUUGUCUGCUUCUGCUUAACAAACACUAAAUUGUGGAAUUUUUUUAAUACGCAUUUUAGGAAAUGCACUCGUUCCCUUUUUUUGGUGCAGUUAUGAAAAAAAAUCAAUACCGCUCACUCAAAGGUCUGAGGGAUGAAGCACCUAGUUGCAAGUUAGCUUAGCUUAGCACAUCUUCUAAACGGGGGGGAAAAUGGCCAACUUCAAGACCUAAAGUCCGCCUAUGAGCACCUGUAAGUUUACAACCAUCAUUAUUGUUCGCACUUCUGCAGUGUUUUUUAAAUCACUUUUCAUUAUUACACACUAAUAUUUCAGCACAUUUGCAAUUUAAACACUAUCAGCCAGCGAGGGAUAACAGCGCCGUGUUUGUGUGCAUGUCUGAGUGUGUGUGUGGAGCUCCGGCUGUUUCUUUACACGCCCUAACACAAUGUGAAGUCACAGACUGAGACGCAAAUAUCACACCGUGUCAGAAUCAAUAUGAAAAUACUAAGGUGUAAUGACAGUGGAGUUUCAUUACCGCCCCUGUGCAAUCACAACAUGCAAAAUGCAGACUCCAUUUUUUUCUGCUGUGUUUCAAGCUUGUGUUACUUUCAGUUUUUUUUUUUUUUUUUUGCACCUUGAUGCUGAUCCAAAGAACUCUGCGGACUUCACCUUCACCCCUUCAGGUCAAACAUAAAAAGAGUGUCCAUACGUCUAGAAAUGCACAUACAUGUUUGGCUCUUAUUUGAUUUGUGUUUAGAUUUUUGGGUUUAAACCUUUUAAGUUAGUCGCGCUGAUAUGAGCAAUCCACAACCAUCAGCUGUUUUUGCCUCGCUUAACAGUGUGCACAAACAUUAAAAAUAAGCUGCAGAGACCAAAAACUGUUUUUUCCAGCAGGCUGUAAAUAUGUUUAUUUCUACUGUAAAAGAGGGCAUUUUAAUAUGGGACCUAACUGGGAUUCCUUCACUUUUGGAGGCAGCCUCUAGUGGACACUCGAGGAACUGCAUUGUGCGUUGCACUUCUAUAUUGUACUCAUUUUUCAGCACGGAGAGGUUGACGCUCCACCAAUGCUUACAAACUCCCGUCUGCAGCUUUCAGAGUGGUACUGAUUUUUUUCAUCUUAAACGAACAUGUGCAUUUCCCAGAAUGUGUCACUUUUGCUUUUAUUUUAAACGGUCCAUAAAUAUGUAAAUAACUCAAAGAAUAUGCUGUAUAUGUGUGAUACUGUGACUCUCUGAUUGUAGCUCCUGCUUUAUUUCACUAAUGACACUGGUAUCCGAUGUGAAUGUUUGACAGAAGUCACUGGGAGAUUUUAAUUCAGAGGAGACGCUUCGGGGAUAACUUCUGAAAAUGUUUACCUCCGCUUAAACUCCAAAAGAGACUUCACUUUCUGUCAGGCUUGUCUGCAUGAAUUUCAAAACAAAAAA